AUGGUUGAAGUGGUUGAAGGCAAAGAAGAGCUGAUCGCUCCAUUACUUACAGAUGCUCCACAAUCAUCAUCUGGGAAGUCCCAUAAAUCCUUGAAAAGAACUGGGACUGUAUGGACUGCAAUAGCCCACAUAAUAACUGGAGUAAUUGGUUCUGGAGUGCUAUCACUGGCAUGGAGUGUGGCUCAGCUUGGAUGGAUUGCAGGGCCGAUGGGCAUUAUUAUUUUUGGAGGAAUUGCUAUUCUCUCUUCAAUUCUACUGAGUGAUUGCUACAGAUAUCCCGAUCCUGAAGUUGGGCACAUCAGAAAUAAGACAUAUUCUCAAGCUGUGAACACCUACUUAGGAAAGAAGAGCAUGUGGGUAUGUGAAACAUUUGUGCAGGAAAGCUACUAUGGAUAUGGAAUUGCAUACACAAUAACUGCAGCCAUUAGUAUGAGCGCAAUCCAGAGAUCAAACUGUUUCCACCAGGAAGGGCAUAAUGCUCCAUGUGAGUUUGGAGAUAGAUUCUAUAUGCUGUUAUUUGGAGCAGUUCAGAUUCUGUUCUCUCAGAUACCCAACUUUCAUGAAAUGGAGUGGCUCUCAGUCAUUGCUGCUAUAAUGUCCUUUGCAUAUACCUUUAUAGGAAUGGGGCUUGGUGCAGCAAAAGUGAUAGGAAAUGGAGAAAUCAAAGGAGACAUUCGUGGUGUACCCACGAGAAAUACAGCUGAUAAAGUCUGGCUGACCUCCCAAGCAGUUGGGGACAUCGCUUUUGCCACAACAUACAACAUUAUCCUUUUGGAGAUACAGGACACUCUAAAAUCACCGCCACCUCAAAAUCAGACAAUGAAGAAAGCAUCAAUUUCAGCCAUACUUGUCACAUCUUUCUGCUUCCUUUGCUGUGGCUGUUUCGGAUAUGCUGCUUUUGGCAACCAGGCUCCUGGAAAUAUUCUCACAGGCUUUGGCUUUUACGAACCUUAUUGGCUAGUUGACUUCGCCAAUGCAUGCAUUGUUCUCCAUCUUGUAGGAGGCUAUCAGGUUUAUAGUCAGCCAUUGUUUGCUGCAGCUGAAAAGUGGAUAGCAAAGAAGCUCCCCGACAGCGGAGUUGUCAACAAGAACUACACCCUAAAGCUCCCAAUGUUGCCAGCAGCGGAGUUGAAUGGCCUUCGGCUGUGCUUCAGAACCACGUACGUGGUGUCGACAACAGCACUUGCCAUGUUGUUUCCUUACUUCAAUCAAGUUUUAGGUGUACUUGGUGCCUUGAACUUUUGGCCGCUGGCAAUAUAUUUCCCUGUGGAGAUGUACCUGAGCGGCAGAGGUGGGAGAGGCAGAUCUCGUAGGGAAUAUCCUUCCAGAUUUGAAGAGAAAAUCCGAGAGAGGCAGAGUUAUCCUCCAUCAAGACAUCUUUGGGUUGGGAACCUUUCUCGUGAUAUAGAUGAAGGCUCUUUGGCACACCUCUUCGCACGAUUUGGUGAACUUGAAAGUAUUGCAUUUCUACCUGGUCGCACCUAUGCUUUCGUUAAUUAUAGAAUUGAGGAUGACGCCUUUGCUGCCAUAGAAGAACUCCAAGGUUUUACUGUUGCUGGCAAUCCACUUAUAAUUCAGUUCACCAAGGCGGAAAAAUCGGCCCCACAGCAUGAUGAUAACUACUUGGAACGUCGAGAAGAAAACCGAUCAAUGGUAAGAGGGUCACCGUGUUCCCACAGGGAUUCAAGAGUACGUCAUUCCAGUUUCGACGCUGCAUAUUCUGACAAAUCCAAAACUCAAGAAGAAAAUUUAGAACCCAGUGAAGUCCUAUGGAUUGGUUUUCCUGCUCAUCUCAAAGUUGAUGAGUUCGACUUGAGAAGGGCAUUUGCACCUUUUGGAGAGAUCGAUAAGAUUACUGUGUUUCCUGGACGUCCUUAUGCUUUUGUUCGUUUUAGGGAUGUUUGGGCAGCCUGUCAUGCAAAAGAAACUCUUCAGGGAAAAUUAUUUGGCAAUCCACGAGUUCAUCUAUGUUUUGCCAAAAAUGAAUCUGGAACUUCACAUAGAGAAAGGAACUUAGUUAAUUCCUCAUCUCCUCCAUAUUCUGGACCUUAUGGACAUCCUUCCGAGAACCUCUACCUGGACAGAGAUUUUGAUGCUACAAGGGAUCACAGAAUUAUAUAUCCUCGUUUUACUACGAAUCUAGAGCCUGGUGACCCUGAUAUGAUGUGUUUUGGCAGGGAGCGUGAUGCUUGGGCUGGCAAAAAUCCUGCAUCUCGGCAGAUGUUCCCCGAAGACUUUGGGCAAGGAGUUCCCAGGAAUAUCCUUGAUAGUCCUUCAAAGGAGAGAGACCUGCACUAUAAUGAGUAUUCUCCUCCUAACUUCCAUCACCAACGUCCAUUUGACGACGAUCCUUUUGAUUUGCCUGAAGAUUUAUCACUCUUUCGUGGAGCUAAAAAACUCAAAACAAGUACGGUAAAUGAGCUCCCUGAAUGGUCUGAUUCUAGACAGAAAAAACAUGUUCCUUCUAGAGCAUAUCCUGGGUUCCAGGAUGAUGCCUACGAACCAAACAUUGGUUUUGGUUCACUUAGUCACAAACAGGCCCCUGAUCAAUCAAUGAAAUCUACUUUAACCAAUGAAGAGAGAGAUGAUCACUUGAGUGCUCCUUAUGAUGGUUUUACAACAGGUUCUGUUCCAUUGUCCUCAUUUCCUGAGCACAAAAUGUUGACCCCUAUAUCACAUCAGUCUUCUGUAAGUAAGGAGUGGAAAUGGGAGGGCACUAUUGCUAAAGGUGGAACUCCUGUAUGUCGUGCUCGCUGCUUUCCUGUUGGCCAGCUGAUGGACAUGGCAUUGCCUGAGGUCCUGAACUGCACAGCAAGAACUAGCUUGGAUAUGCUUUCCAAACAUUACUAUCAAGCUGCUGGUGCUUGGGUUGUUUUCUUUGUUCCUUCAACUGAUCCUGAUAUUGCUUUUUAUAAUGAAUUCAUGAAUUAUCUGGGGGAGAAGCAGAGGGCAGCUGUUGCCAGAUUGGAUGAGAUGAACACAUUGUUUCUUGUACCUCCUUCAGACUUCUCUGAGAAAGUACUCAAAGUACCAGGUAAAUUGAGCAUAUCUGGUGUGGUUCUGAGGUCAGAGCAUCCUGGUUCAGGUUAUGGUUCAUUAAAUCAUCAUCAAGCAAAGAAAGAGGCCCACUUUACAUCUUUGCAAACAAAUCCAGCCACCAUUAAUCCGUCAUCUUCAAUGCCAGCUCUACCUGAUUUAGAGAGACCUGGAGUCAGAAAAACAUCUGAUCCUGGAAAUUCCUUGAAUGGAGUCGCAUCUGCAUCAUUUUUAAGACCUGGAGUAAGAGAUGCAUCUGGCAACUUCUCCAACUCACCUGUUGACCCCAGGCUUGUGGAUGCACUUCCCCGUCUUAAGUCCAUGAUGGGUUCACAAAACUCUGGUUCAAACACAUGGAAUACUGCAUUGCAGUCAAAUAACGGGGUUAAUCUCACCGAAGGAUAUAAUCCAGUACCUGUCAGUAGAAUGGGCGGCCAACUCCAUCUAGAAAAACCUCCAGACUUCUCAUCGAGGCCUGAUGUUGCUGCCCUUCAGCCUGAGGAACUAAUCAAAUUAGCAUCCAGUCUUCUAGGACAACAAAGGCACCCUGGAGCUGCUCCAUCAAUGGGGUCAGACCACUGGGCGCAACAAAAUUAUGUACCACAUAAUCAGAUUGCUCCCGAGUCUUCCUUGGCCCAGUAUGGUCAAAUGCAACACUUUCCCCCUCAGGGGCAGAUUCUCCCUCGUGUGCCUACAGUGCCUCCAAGAGAGCACCAACCUGGUGGUUCUCUGGUGAAUCAACCACUACGCUUACCUGAACAGAUGGAAGGUGACACCACCGAAAAACGCUUGCAGGCAACGUUGAACCUGGCUGCAACUCUGCUACAGCAGAUUCAACAGGGCAAAGGGACAUGA